AAACCUACAAUCAACGACAAGAGUGAAUUCAGGGCACAAAGAAGCGGAAACAGACGUGAUUCUGGUCUCAUAGCCCAUUGGAAGCUGCGAAUUACCCAACGCUCAAUCACAUUAGCCCCCCCGCCAACAUGUCUUCGCCGACGAGCGCACCAACGCACACGCUCUCCCCCCUCGCAACCCUCACACCACCCUCAAACUCGCGAACAUGGCAAUCGACGCCACAUCCGUCUCUCCCCGUGGUCGCAACAGCAUGCUCCGACCGCAGUGUACGCGUCUACAGCCUCACAUCCUUCACGCUUCUCCAUUCAAUCACUGGAGGACACAAGCGCAGUGUACGGACCGUGUCGUGGAAGCCUGGCACAAGAGGACAAAGCGUGCUGGCAACGGGUAGCUUCGAUUCGAGUGCAGGCAUAUGGCGACGCGAGGAGCACGGCGGUGCGCUAGAAAAUGACUUUACAAAUCAUCACGCAGGUGAUACGGAUGACGACGACGAUGCAGAGGACUACCAGUUUAGCUGCAUCCUCGAUGGUCACGAGUCAGAAAUCAAAUGCCUCUCCUGGAGCCCCUCAGGACAAUACCUAGCCACGUGUUCGCGCGACAAGAGCGUGUGGGUAUGGGAAGAGCUCGAAGACGACAAUUUUGAGACGGUAGCGGUAUUACAGGAGCACGAUGGCGAUGUCAAGUGUGUGGCCUGGCACCCAGAGGAGGACCUCCUGGUCAGUGCAAGUUACGACGAUACCGUGAGGUUGUACAAGGAAGAUGCGGACGAUUGGGUACAGGUUUCCAUGAUUGAUGGGCAUGAGAAGACUGUCUGGUGGGCAGAAUUUGAGGGGAGUGGGAUGAGCAAGAAAGAUUGGAGAGCGCAGAGGGAGGGGCUGUCGCAAGAGCAGGCGCAACAUGUAGAAGAAUUGGAAAGAUCUGGGCCACGCCUGGCGACGUGUUCAGACGACUGCACGGUGAGGAUUUGGCGGCGGAAGGCGAAAGAGAGAGAUGAGAACGCAAGCAGUAAUACGGGCGUACCGAGCAUCAUCCGCUCGGCAGCAAUCGACGAGGACUGGUACCAGGAGGCAAUACUCCCCCAAGUUCACGAACGCGCCAUCUACUCGAUAUCUUGGAGCCGUAUCACGGGCAUGAUUGUCAGUGCUGGAAGCGACGGCAAAGUCAUCGUCUACAAGGAGAGGUGGCGACAGAAUGCAUCCAACGGCGACAGCAUGGACGUUGAGGGUACACAGGCACAAACGCCAACCGAGUGGGUCGUGGUCGCGGAACUAUUCUCAGCGCACGACGUGUUCGAGAUCAACCAUGUGUCAUGGGCGCGGAGAGCAGACAAGGGAAAGAGGUCAGACGAGGAAGAGGUUGUGCUGAGUACUGGCGACGAUGGUGAGGUUAGAGUAUGGACACUGGACGAAGGCAGCAUAGCAUGAGCGGUAUAGUUAGUUGUACCAGGCCCAGCAUGAAGGAGUCAUGUACCAUGUAUUUGAAUACAAGUAGUCGUCAUAACACGAGUCCAGACAC